UAUGGCUCGGCUAUACGGGAAGUUCGACCACCGAUGAUUUGUUUAUUUGAGCGGUUUGGCCGCAGUUUAAAGAAGUUGAACUACUAUCGAGCGAGUAGGCUUGUCCUCAAUGGCCUGUAUCAUAUUCUGUUGCUACUUUGUUAUCUGUUGGAGGUUUAGUGAUCUCGGGGCAGAUUAGUUGUAGCCGGAGUUAAGGCACUUGUGCUCAAAUACAUUAUUUUCUUCAGUAAUGAAUUAUCACGCGUUCCACAGAAUCGGGGUCUGGGCGUGUCAAGUAAAAGUCACUCUGUUCCAUCAUAUAAUAUUUCUUCACUCACUGAAGAUGUAAAAGUAAGAGCCCUUGUAAGAAGUAUGGGUGAAAUUUUAUUUUUAUGUGGAAGUAAUAAAAGGGCCGUGAUUGCAACUUUGAGUAUUCCGGGGAAUGAUAUUCAACGUUUUGAAGGAAUCUCAGAGGAUGAGGUUGUUGCAAACUCACUUAAAGCUCUUUCUAUUGAAUCUUCCUUGGAUCUGCUGAAAGUUCUUAGAGUUGAAAUUCACACGUCAGAAGCAACUGCUUUGCAGAGGCUUGAAGCAAUUAUUCCUUUAUUCCAAAGUCGUAUGGGGGCAUUGCUCUUCCUAAUCUCUGCUUUACUUUCUCGUGGACUGGAUUUGGUUCAAAGUGACAGGGAUGAUCCCAGCCUACCAUUGGUUACUGCUCCUUUUGGGCAUGCCUCCCAGGAAAUUGUAAACCUACUGCUCUGUGGGCAGGCUGUCGCAAAUGUAUUUGAUGGAAGGAUGGAUUUAGGUGUAAUGUUUCAUUCAUAAAAUCUAAAAUAAAAAACUACAUUUUUAUAUUUCACUAAAAUUGUAAAUAACUUUUUAAUAAAAGAAUAAUCAUUCAUAUUUAACGUUUUAAUUUUUUAUGACAAUGCUUAAAAUAAAAUAGUCAUACAAUGUUUUUAAGCUUAA